AUGGUUGCGACAACCGAGACGGCAUUGGACUGGUAUCGUCGGAGUCAACGUCAACGAGCAGCUGCCCAAAUUCCUACAGACCCAUCUUCGGCAGCGUCAGCCUUUGUACGGGGAGCAAGUGGGUUUGCGCCACUGGAUGCGGCGUGGAGGACUCCGUCCUCAUCCUCAUCAUUGUCCUCAUUUCAUCCUGCUACCCAACAUGUACAACAUUCUGCAAAUCAUGGAUAUGUUCAUAAUUACCCGGUGGUCAUAUUAGAAGGAUCCAUUGGGAAAACAUGGUCCCUUCUUUCCUUGGCAGCACGAUUUGUCGUAGUGACACGAGCCUCUCGAUUUGACAAGAAUGAUGCCAAUGAAGAUGUCAAUGAGGAUGUCAAUGAGGAUCAAGUCAUGGAAGAAGCCGAAACGCCAACGUCACCAACGUCUACUAAAACAUCCAACAACAAUUCCAAAUCAUCAUCAUCAUCAUCAUCUCAACAGCCUCAAGUCAUAUUAUUGGAUUCCAAUUGGGAUUUGACCAUUUCCAAAUUGGCCUACAUGGUUCGAUCCACACUCUUGCGCGAGCCAUCGUUUCAUGCCGUGACAGAAGAGACCUUGGAAGGACAUGUCGAAGGCUGUUUGCGGCGGAUCCAUUUGGCAACCGUCGAUGAAGUACAAGAUGCAUGGGUCCCAAUAUUAGAAUGUCUACGAUGUAAACUAAAGGAUGAUACUACAACCACUAAUCAGCAGCACCCUACCUUGCUUCUAUGGGAUGGAUUCUAUACCAACAAUAAUAAUAACAACAAUGAUGAUGACGAUGCUUCCAAACAACCCGAAAUUCGACGACAAGUACUACGGCUCUUGCACGAUUGCUCCAUUACCAUGGUCGCAACCGGAAGAGGAUCGAGUCAUCAUUUGGAUUGGUUGAGGGACAACCACAAGCGAGACCUGCACCGGGUUCAAUUGGAGAAACAGCAUCCACAAAAGAUGGGGGGCAGCAGCAAUAAGGAGGAUUGUUAUGCAAUCGUCAAUGGAACCAAAAUGCCCUUUUCGAUAUCCUUGGGAGGAGUUCUAUCCUAA